AUGCUUAUACCGUACAUAGAGCAAGUGCACUUGGGCGUAUUUAUACCCAACAGAAAACUGCACACAGAGCCAAUGAAGCAGCUGGGGAGAUAUUUGAAGAGCAAAGGCUACAGCGUGUACUAUUUUGAAGACGCGUACAGAGAAGAGACACCGGUUGACGCAUGGCCCCAUGUGGAUGUCAUUCUUUCGUUUUUCUCGGAGGGCAUAGACUUCAUGAAGAUAAAAAAGUAUGCAGAGAUGCAUUGUCCUGUGGAAAUAAACAGGAUAGACGCACAGUUUCUCCUCCUAGAUAGACGCGCAGUCAUGGCGAUCCUGGAUAAAAUAGAAGUGCCCACAGCAUUCAGAAUCAUAUACAAUGGAAGAGCAAAAGACACACUGUCAGAGUACAAGCCACGGGCUAGCACAGCACGCGCUGUAGAAGCAGAAGAAGCACAAAAGCCAGAAGCAGAGAAUGACACAAGAGGUAAAACAAAAACAAAGGUUGAAGAAAGACAGGAGGAAAUGAAAAAUGAAAAUGGAGCUGAAACAGAAAUCGACCGAAUUGUAAAAAAAGAGCUAAUUUCUUUCAACAUUAUGAGAGACGAGCUCCUCAAGCCAUCGCGCACAAGAUACUGCAAGGACGGCGUGCUGUGCAUUGACGACAAAAAGAUGAAGAAACCGUACGUAGAAAAGCCAGCAUACAGCGAAGACCACAACAUAAAUAUAUACUACAGCAACGACUGCAAGAACAGAGAGGGCGGAGUGUGCAGACUGUUUCGGAAGAUAGGAUCAAAGAGCAGCAACUUUGACAAGAACACACAGGGGGUUUCGUACAGAGAAGACGGCAGCUACAUCUACGAGAAGUAUUUGGAAAUGAAAGACUACCUGGACAUAAAAGUGUACGUGCUUGGGAAAAAAGUGUACGCAGAAACAAGAAAGUCUCCCGUGAAAGAUGGAAUAGUCAUCAGAACAAAGUCGGGAAAAGAGGAGAGAAAAGAGAUAGAGCUAACGGAAGAAGAGAUAAGCGCAGUUGUGAAUAUAAGCAGAGCCCUUGGACAGUUUAUCUGCGGGAUGGACAUCCUCAGGACAUCUGAUGGCAGAUUCAUUGUCGUGGAUGUGAACGGAUGGUCGUUCGUGAAGUCCAAUCCAAAAUACUACACACAAACCUACCUGAAAUUCCUAGAUAAGAAAAUAAAAAAAGAGGUCCUCAGAAAAAGAGCUGUUCUAGGAGAUUCAUCCAGAAGAGAAGAUGUAAAACUGUACAGUAGAAUAGUAGAGAUAAUAAGUGAAGAUGCCUCUAAAGAGCUGAAAAAAGAAGAAGUACUACGUCUAGAAAACAGCUCAGAGGAAAAACAGAAUAAAACGGUAGAAUCAGCAGAUGAUGCAUUGUCUUUAGUAAACAGCAGCAAAAAUGCGAUUGAGAUAAAGGGAGUGCAUGCGGUGUACAGGCAUGCAAGAAGAACACCAAAGCUGAAGAAAAGACUGAUAUUUGUCUCUGAGUAUCUGCUAGAGUACGUGGGAAAUGAUUCGCAUGUGGCAGGCAGAGACACAUCACGGGUUAAAGAAAUAGAAAGGCUACUGGAAAAGGAAAAUAAAAACAAUCCAGCAUUCAGAACAAGUGAAAAUCUUCUAGCCCUUGAGUCUCUCAAAGAGAUCACGCAGGGAAACACCGAUGUGCGUGUUAAAAUCACAUCGGAAGGGAACAUCGCAAGACUCAUCUUGAAAUGGGGCGGACUGCUGACAGAGCUCUCUAAGAAAGAGAUAGAGUACGAGGCCAUGGAGUAUGAGUCCUUUAUCUCGACGGUAGAAGGCGACUCGUUCAGCACAGGCACUCUGUACUCUCCCACAAAGCCCAUUUCCGAAAGAAAAACAGAAAGAAAAAUAAGAAUAAUCGCAAACCCUGAAGACAGAACACAAAACACUGCAGAAAUAUUUAAAACCGUAUUCCAAUGGACAGGAAGAGUGCAGGGCCAAAUAAAGGAGAAAUACUUCAGCACAUCCAGAACAUCAGAAGAAAUUUCAGAUAAACUCUGUGCUCGACUGGCCAGUGCGUAUGCAAUGCUAAAGGAAGAAAUGCUUUACAGGGAGUCCUCCAACAAGCUAACCAUUGAGCCAAUAACAGCUCCAUCCGCAGGACUGCACCACUCCUGCAUAGACGGAAGCGAAGUGGAGAUAUCUUCUCUGUACAGGAACAAACUGACAGUGAAGGUGCAGUCAAAAAAGAAGCCAGAAGGAUCCUCCGUUAGCGACUCCUGCUCCUGCUGCAGUUUAGACUGCGAGUGCAAAGAAAUACACUUUCUGAAAAGGUGGUGUUUUGUCUUUAACGAGUAUCCUUUGCUCACCCCAAAAAACACAAAAACCGUUAUUCCUCUGCUUCUUGAUUUUAUUGACUACGAUAUUCUCUCAAGCCAGUACAGAACAGCGCCAUCCCCCGUGUUUAAAUAUUUCAAAAACAUUGAGGACGUAUUCCUUCUUUUUAACACCCAUGCGAGCUAUUUGUACAAAAAAAGAAUAGACACUUUCUUCAAUGAGAACAAGACUCUCGACAUCGUGAGCUAUAUGCACGAGAGAAUAGCAUCGCAGCUUGACACUAUAUACAUCACAAAAAAGUUUACUGUUCUGGUUCUUCUGAAGUACAUCCUAAGCAUCGAGGAUGCAGUCUACAUAAACAAGCCGUUAAAGGUAAAAAUAGAGGAGAUUAUGCACAGCAUAGGAUUCCUUAGCUCCAUAACCCUGAUGCACCUGAGCUGCAAGGGAGUGGAGUAUAUUCUCGUGAAGUACAGCCAUGGAAUCCACAUAAACAACAAAAUCAAUAGAAAAACAGAGACAUCGCCCGAACAAAUUCUCAGAGCAGACAGAAAAAAGAUACUUGCUGUUAUAAGAAAGUCAGCAUUCUUCAAAGACUACACAAAAUAA